AUGUCUGGAGCCCACGAGCAUUUGCCUGCAGCUUCAUCAUCCUCCCAGACGCCCGCCAUCAUCACGCCCGACUCGUCCGACGAGCUCGACUUCCUCGACGAUCACGACAGCGACAUCCUCGACCACGACCCGAUCCAUGGCGAUCUCGGUGCGCCGCUGUCCUUCAAGCGCAAGCAGAAGCCCGCGCUGCUGUCCAACCCGCUGCGAGUCUUUUCCACGCUGACGGGCUCCUCGUCCGCAUCGCCUCCGCGACCACAACAGCGCCCUUCCAGCAGCAGCAGACACCAGCCGUCCGACUCGCUCAACAGCGUCUCUGGGUCGCUGCGAGAGGCAGUCUUUGGAAGCGCAACAGCCGCCAGCUCGAAGGAUGGGAAAGAUGGCCUCGCCCACGAUUGGUAUGCCGAGGGCCCCGGGCGACGAGUCGGCUACGAAGACUUGACGGCCAUCGACUGGAUCUUUGAAUACACAAAAGAGCGACAGCGCCUGCGCGUGCUGGGUUCGAGCUCGGGCGGCGGCAUCAUUGGCUAUGUCAGACACCUCUUGGACGCCAGCCAGGUCUGGAUCGUGCUGCUGUUGACGGGCUUGGCGGUCGGUGUGAUUGCGGCGCUCAUCGACAUCACCACCGACUGGCUGGGCGACAUCAAGCUUGGUUUCUGUACCAGCGGGCCGGAGGGCGGGCAUUUCUAUCUGAACAAGAACUUUUGCUGCUAUGGCUACGACCAGGGCUCCAAGUGCGCCGGAUGGAGGUUUUGGAGCGAGGCUCUGGGCAUCCACUCGGGCGCGGGCAAGUGGUUCAUUGAGUACUUCUUCUUCUUGGCAUUUGGAGUCCUUUUCGCAUACUGUGCGGCACUGCUCGUGCAGGAAUAUGCCAUCCAUGCUAAGCACAGUGGUAUCCCCGAGAUCAAGACCGUCUUGGGAGGAUUCGUCAUUCGCAAGUUUCUGGGCCCAUGGACUCUGGUCACAAAGUCGUUUGGUUUGGUUCUUGCUGUCUCCUCGGGCAUGUGGCUAGGAAAGGAGGGCCCUCUGGUUCAUGUAGCAUGUUGCUGCGCCAACUUUUUCAUAAAGCUCUUCUCUAAUAUCAAUGACAAUGAAGCUCGAAAACGAGAAGUGCUCUCAGCGGCAGCAGCAUCAGGCAUCUCAGUUGCUUUUGGAGCCCCCAUAGGAGGAGUGCUAUUUAGUCUUGAGCAAAUCUCCUACUUCUUCCCGGACAAGACCAUGUGGCAGAGUUUCGUCUGCGCCAUGGCCGCUGCCGUUAUUCUUCAGGCCUUUGACCCCUUUAGGUCAGGCAAGCUUGUCAUGUAUCAGACAAAGUAUAGCCAUGACUGGCAAGGCUUUGAGAUUUUGCCCUAUGCCAUCCUGGGCAUCAUCGGCGGCGUCUACGGUGGCCUCUUCAUCAAAGCCAACAUGGCCGUCGCUCGAUGGAAAAAGGCCAAAUCCUGGCUCCCGAGCCCCAUAACCCAAGUCCUCGCCGUAGCCUUCCUCACUGCUCUCGUAAACUACCCGAACCACUACAUGAAGUUCCAGACUUCUGAUCUGGUGUCCAAUCUGUUCACUGAGUGCUCCCAGAACCUCGAUGACCAGAUUGGACUAUGCAAGACUGGCGCAGCAUCAGCCGGCACCAUUGUUCUCCUCAUCUUUGCCGCUCUCGUCGGCUUCCUCCUUGCCACCAUUACUUUUGGACUGCAGAUUCCCGCGGGAAUCAUCCUGCCGUCCAUGGCCAUUGGCGCCUUGGUCGGCCGUGCUAUGGGCAUAUUGAUGGAGAUUUGGGUGGACAACGCUCGAGGCUUCUUCUUGUUCAAGACUUGCGCCCCUGACGUCCCAUGCAUCACGCCCGCUACAUACGCCAUCGUUGGUGCAUCAGCAGCUCUGGCAGGCGUCACGCGCAUGACCGUCUCCAUCGUCGUCAUCAUGUUCGAGCUCACCGGCGCCCUCACGUACGUCCUGCCCAUCAUGGUCGCCGUCAUGAUUUCUAAAUGGGUCGGCGACGCCUUCUCGCGCCGCGGCAUCUACGAAUCGUGGAUUCACUUCAACGAAUACCCAUUCCUCGACAACAGCGAAGAAGUGGCCAUCCCCGAUGUCCCCGUCGCCGAGAUUAUGACUCGCAUCGAAGACCUCGUCGUCCUCACGGCUACGGGCCACACCAUGGCCUCGCUCAGCAGCAUCCUCGAGAUGCAUCCCCACCGCGGCUUCCCCGUCAUUUCUGACCCGCGAGAGGCUAUUCUACUGGGAUACAUCUCCCGCGCCGAGCUCAGCUAUAACCUGAAGACCGCGGCCCAGUCGCCGCGGAGCCUGCCCCCAGAAACGGAGGCUUACUUUUCGCACCAGCCACUCGCGGACCCGCGUACUUCGCUCGAUUUGCGGUCGUGGAUGGACCAGACGCCGCUCACUUUGCCGUCUCGCACGCCUCUGCAUCUCGUCGUGUCGUAUUUCCAGAAGCUGGGCCUACGAUACAUGCUUUUCACUGAUCGUGGUGUUUUGCAGGGUCUGCUGACCAAAAAGGACAUUUGGUACGUCCUCAACGGGGCAGACGAGACGAGACGCACUAUUGGUCUUUCUUCCUCUUCUGGAGCUGGACAUAGGGCGAGAGAGCAGGAGAGCGGCAUUAUGGAUGAAGGUAGAGAUGAGGAGCAGAGGGGCCUGCUGAGACCUGAUGAUGCAGAUGAUACUGAUAGGGGAUCGAUAUUAUAA